ACUAGUUUUAUGGUCGGGAAUUUUAAAGCCGCCUUCAGCGCGUCGCUUUGUGGGUAAAGUUCUGUCCCUUCAGGUGGAUGAAACUGAGAACGUUCCUCUCGUUAUGACUUUUUUUCUGAGAGCUGCAUUCCGACCUGAACAGGCUAGCAAGCUAGUCACAAAUUUAAAACUGUGACUGCGCGCGAGACGUACUGCACGGUGUUGCCUAGAUGUCUGGUCUUGCACGUGAAGCUUUUUCGGAUGAGAUGGACCGGAAACAGGCAGACAAGUCAAGUGAGGAUUCAAAGGUUCCUGCUUCAUGUGCCCUCUGGCCAGUGGACUUAAAAUUAACACACUGUGACUGCAGUCCUGGGAAUGUAUUAAUUCACUUUCAAGGUCAAUAUGCUUCCAUCUGUGAGCUGGAUUACAACAUUCUUCAAGUGGAAAUUCAGAAUGUCCCUAAAACAACUGUAUCUGUGGAGGUUGGAGACUUGUGCUUGGUGGAAGAUUUGCUAUCUAGCUACUGGUACAGAGGAAGGGUUCAGGAUAAAUCAGAAGAUUUGUUUGAUGUGUUUCUGCUGGAUCAUGGAAACAUUCUCACUGUUAGUCCCAACCAUUUGUCUACAGUUUCUGAUUCCUUACUAAUGCUUCCACCAAAGAUCAUCUGUGGGUUCAUUGCUAAUGUGCUGCCAGUUCAGGAUUUCUGGGACCAAACAUCGGAGGCCUAUUUCUCCUCUUUGAUUGGCAGACAUAUCAAAGGAUACAUCCAUGGUCUUCUGCCAUGCAAGGUUCUUAUUCUGGAAGUGCCAGAAAUAACAAAAGAUUUAUUAAGACUGAACUUAGGCAGACAUGUGGAUACCGAUACAUUUCUGCUACUGAUGGAACUGGUGAUUGAAGUACCAAUUCAACAAAGCUGUGAGUCUGUCCCAGAUCUGCUCGUUGAUAAGCAAAUUGCACAAGAAAUCUCCUUUAAAUCCUCAGAUUUGUGUGGCUAUGAAAAUGUUCUUUCGCUUGGGGGCUCUAAGUUGGCUGUUGGACAGAAGGAAAACAUUAAAAUAGUUGCUGCCAUAAAACCUGGGUUAUUUUACUGCCAGUUGUCCUCUGCUGCAAAGGACCUGAAAGAGAUGUCAGACAAAUUGGCACUUCUGUGCGAGUCGAGGAAUAGUGACUUCAGAGCCAAAUCCGGAGAAAAUAUUGGCCUACUAUGUGCGAUCAAAGGCAAAGAUGAGAAAUGGCACAGAGGUUUAGUGCAGUGCCUUCCUGUUAACUCCCAAGUUCGAGUUGUGUUUGUUGACUAUGGGUAUUAUGAGUCUGUAAAUGUUAAAAACCUCUUUCAGUUACCCUCAGAAUUUCUCCUGAGACCAGUCAUGGCUUUCCCAUGUUCUCUUUCUUGUUUGGGUGAAGAAGACAAAGCCACAUAUAACCAGCAACUGGUCUUGCUCAGAAAAGGAGUCCUGGGUAAGGAGCUUGUGAUAACAGUUAAGGGCAAAGAAAAGAAUGUCUGUUCAGUUAUGCUCAGCGAUGUAGUUGAAUAUGUACCUUCUCAAACAGUGCAGUCUAAAGAAGUCAAUAAAGUGGCAAGCAAUGAUAUUCACAUUAAUUUGCACCAGUGGAGUUCCAUCCUGAAUGAAACAAAAACUGUGGAAAUCUCAAAUGGCUCUGUGUUUGAGGGUUACAUUGAACAUGUGCAGAGUCCUCAUGAUUUCUGGAUGAGAACAGCAAAGACCAACGAUCGAUUUGUGGCCAUGAUGAACAAACUGACCGAUCGUUUUAGUAGAAUACAGUUAAACGAUGAGAUCCUUGAAGAUCCAGUGCCUGGUCAAUUAUGCUGCGCCAUGUAUGAAAAAGACAUGCAUUACUACCGAGCAAUCGUGGUGGAUCUUCUAAAAUAUGGUGCUGAGGUGUUUUUUAUCGAUUUUGGAAACACAGAAAAGGUGCCAAGCAUGUUGAUAAAGAAAAUUCCUGUUGAGUUUACUGUGGAACCAGCGUUUGUUUUCAAUUGUUCCUUAGCUCAUGUUAUUCCACUGGGAGAUGUUUGGACAGCUUCAACAACAGACUUCUUCAGGGCAACCACCUCAAAUAAAGCAUUCCUGGUUCACGUCAUUUAUAAGAGGAAUGAUGUGCUUGUUGUGGAGUUGUUGGAAAAAGGGUGUAAGAAGCAUAAAAGUCUUGCAACACUUUUGACUAGUGCGAAUAUGGCAGAAUACUGGACCUACAAUGCGAUAAAUGCUCCUGGAACAUCUGUAGGGAAAAAAAAAAAAACAUGCAAUAAAUCUACAGGAGAACUGCUUGAUAAGAUGCCUUGUAAAAGUAUGUCACAAAACCUGCCUAGCAUAAGGCAAAUGACAAUUGGUACAGACAAACAAGUCCACACUGAGACUGCUGGAGAAAUUUUCAAAAGCCAGAAAUUCAACCCAGGAGAUGUUAUUAGUGUCCAGUGUUCACAUAUCAGUUCUCCGUCAGAUUUUUGGUGCCAGAACAAGAAAACCAAGAAUGACUUGGACAGAUUAAUGGAGAGACUGCAAACAUUUUAUUUGACAAAUACAUUGGUGUUGCAGCCCCAAAGUGUAUGUUGUGCUGUCCAGUUGCAAAAGGAUAAUAUGUGGUACAGGGGAUGCAUUCUUGAAGGGAACGGUCUGAACAUUAAGGUGAUUCUAGUUGAUUAUGGCUAUGUUGUGCAGGAAAAGCUGAAGAAAGUUCAAGCAAUAAAUCCGGAGUUUCUUGAGCUUGAAAAGCAAGCAUUCAAGUGUAGUUUGUACAACUUGACUGACCCAUUUGGAGGAGACAUGUGGUCUGUUAAAGCAACCACCUUGCUGAAAAAAUUUACUUCUAAAAGUUGGAAUCUGCAAUGCAAAAUCUACUCCCAGGGUUUUGCUUCAGACGAAGGCCUGUGCAGUCUGGUUGACUUGUACACACAUUUUCAAAGAGCUUCCACACAUCUCAUAGAGAAUGGUGUUGCCAAGGAAAUAGAGAGUCCAAACCAGCUACUUCCAUCUGUCUAUCCAUGCUCUUUUGUUUAUUCUUCUUUUGACAUUAAGAUCGGGAAUGAAGAAUUGGUGUACCCCACUCAUGUUGUCAGCCCUUGGGAAAUUUAUCUCCAACUAGACAGAAAUACGGAAAUUAUUGAGCAGCUUAUGGACGGAGCUAUGAAAGUAAGUGAAGAGUUAUUGAGUCAGACACAUUCUGGUGAACCUGGCAGUUUAUGCUUGGCCAAAUAUUCUGAAGACGGCAAGUGGUACAGGUCAUUUGUUUGGUCUGCUCAGUCCAGUCUACACUCUAAUGUAUUCUUUGUAGAUUAUGGAAGCAAGCAGGUUGCUGAAAAAAGAAAUGUGCUACCUAUCCCUAUAGAGGCAACCGAUUUGCUUAUUACACCCAUGCAAGCGUUAAGAUGUAGUCUUUUACGUAUUUCCGAGGAGGAGAAUUUGUCUGAAGUUAAAACAUGGCUUGAGAAGGCUAUUCUCAACAAGGAACUUCGAGCUAAGUUUUUAAAAACAAACAGCAGUGGGCAUUUUCUUUGUGACCUGUUUGAUGGUGACAUUCAUAUCAAUGCAAAAGUAAGAGAGAUGUUUGCAAUUCAUGGACAAGCCGGGAAAUCCUUGAAAAAUCCUUUAAAUGUAUCUAAUACCAAGGGACGAUAUCAUGUGGUCAAAUCACAGAGAAACCCAGGCUAUAGCAAAGUCAUGCAGGCAGAUGAACAGUUUUGUCAAAAGAAAUCUUCUAAAUUUAAAUAUCCACAAAACCCUGCGAAAAAUGGCUGGAGCAAAGAAAAACACAGUCCAAAGUCCACAAAGCAAUGUCAGAAAGAAAAGGCCACCAUUUUUCAACACCAGCCUUCGAAGGUGUUGCCAAAAGUUUGUGAUUUACCAGCAAUCAAAAUUGCACCAGGUUUUAGAAGCAUAGGGUUUAUUUCACACUCUAACUCUGCCCACAGCUUCUUUAUUCAAAUGGAAAAGGAUGAAGAAGAUCUUCUUAAAAUGAGGGAGGAGCUAAACAGCAGCUCUUUCACUGAAAGUCUGCAAAGUGUUCCCUCAAAUGUAAAAGCAGGGGAUCUGGUUGCUGCUAGGUAUAAUGAAGACUUGGCCUUAUAUCGAGCUGCGGUCAACAGUGUAGCAUCCAGGGAUCACCUAAUAGUUGAAUUCGUUGACUAUGGAAAUACAGCAAUGGUCGACAAGAAGAAAAUGUACACAUUACCUAGCAAGUUUCUUUCCAAGGCAAGAUUAAGCAUUCACUGUAAACUUUCAAAACCAUACAAUUUGGAGGAAGUUGAGUCUUUACUCAGUGAUCCACAUGACCAAACUCUGAUGGUGGAGUUUGUGAAGAAUCUUGGCUAUGCAUGGGAGGUGAGCAUUCAGGGACUUAAGCCUCUGCAUGAGUCAAGAGAAUCUGAUCCUGAAGUCAUUGUUUCAGAUUCAGGCCACUCCAAACAAAGGCAAGAGCAUGAGGAUGGCACUUCCCUUAGACGUAUCUGUGAUAAGACUGCAGUUGAAGUAGGCAGCAUUGUAGAAGAAACACUAGAAAGUGGAACCAAUGGCAGUAAAAUGGUUCAAAAGAAAUCCUUGGAGAAGAUGCAGGCCACAAGAGCCACAGGCUGCAUGAAGAAAUUAAGAACAAUGAGAAGACCUCGUGCUUACAAACGUAAACGUGAGGAAACACAACAUGGUUGCGAAAGCAGUUUGCCACAGAAGCCUGAAAUACAUAUCGGUGUUGUAGAGAAGGAACUUUUAAAUGUAUCUCACAAAUCAUGUGCUCGGAUUGAUUCAAAUAUCUCAACUGCCCUGCCUGAGAGUGUAGAUGGACAGGACAUUUGUGUGAAAAACGGUCAGUCUGUUGCAAGUCAACCACAUUCAGAGUACAAUUGCGCUGCACCCACGGUAAUUCCCCCGGAAAAGCCAAUGAAAAAAGUAGAGGAUAUAUUUCGUCUUUUUCUGGCACCUGUUAGAAAAAAUCACGAAUACUCAGGAUUUGCAGCAGCAGUUACCACACCUGGUGAUUUUUACCUUGUCCUUGAGGACCUGCUUCUCAUCAUGAGUGCCGUAUCAAAUGCCCUUGAAGACCUACCAGAGGAUUUGAUUCCAUUGCCAGAGACUCAUUUGAUUUCUGGUACCGGCUGCCUGGUAUGGUCUGAAGAAAGGAAGAAAUGGUGCAGAGCUGAGAUAUUACAAAGUGACGACAUAUCAGUCAUUGUUAAUCUCAUCGAUUAUGGGUAUUGCGUACGUUUGGCAAGCCAAGAUGUCCUCAAAAUUAAAUCUCUUCCUGUUGAAUUGGCCAGAUACCCAAAAAUCACCUAUCCUUGCUUGCUGAGAGGAAUCAAGCCAGCUGAUGGGGUGCAGUGGACCAACCAGGCUGCUAUGUUUUUCCAACAGUUCAUAUAUCAAAAAACUCUUAAGAUACACUUCAGGCAGUAUGUUUCAGAGGCACAGUGGGAGGUUGACGUUGUUGCAUCCAACAGGAAUGUUGCUAAAGAGUUGGUUGAUGCUGGACAUGCACACUACAUAGACACGGUGCUUGGAAUACGGUUUCAGCAAGGACUAGGCCGUCAAAAGGAAAUCACGUCCAGUUCAUUUGUACGAAACGUAUACGGAGCUGAAUCUCGCAUACAAACACAGUCAAAGAUGGAGGAAAUGCUACAUGGAUAUCUGGAAGACGUGUCAUUAAAUGAUGAUAAAGACAUUUCUAGGGGCUCUACUACAGAAGGAAAGACUGAAGACCCAAAACAAGGAUCAGCACUGAAAACAAAUGGCCUGCAGUCUUUGAACCAACGGUCCGAUCUACUAGUUACAACUAUAGAUCACCCAGACUUCCUACCGCUCUUGUUCCCUGUGCUUCCAUGCUCCUGGCUACGCUUCUUAGGGAGCACUCAGGUGUCAGAAGACUGAAGUGAAGUCAGAAGCAGAUUCCCUGCAUUUCUUACAAUAUUUGAUUUCUUCGUUUAGUUGAUUUUUGAGUUUUUGUCUCAUCCAGAACAUUUUUUUUUUCUCCUUGAAGCAUGAAACCCUUUUUGGAUGUUAUUUAGUUUCAUUUUUGUGGAAGCUGUUGACUGGUUUUAAAAACAUGGACUUCAGAAAAAAAUUGUUUGAGGUUUGAAAGGAAAAGAAAGAGAUUUUAGUUCUGUGUUUUGAGUCGUUUAUGUUCUUAGAUUUAUUUAUUUUUUUUUUCAGAUUUUUUUUUUUCAUGAUUAUUGGGCAAAUUUUGAUUUUUGCAAAUCUGCAUGCCUUCAGGAGUUCAGAAGACGAUUGUGACUAUUAUUUUGACAAAAAUAAGAAAUUUGUGCUUCAGAUCUGUUUAUUGUGUUUGUUUUGGGUUGAAGUGUUUGUAGUAUUGUAGAUUGUGUUAAACAUUUAUUCCUGGAAUAAAAUGUAGAUAGAAAGAAA